GGAGGAAACCAUGAAACACACCCGCCGGCACAGGGCCGUACGCGCAGUCAGGACUCGGGUUUCCGGGGCGCACGUCAGUGCCGUCACCCGGGGCCCUCCGCCUUCAGUAAAGUGUGGAGGAACGGAACGCACGCUGGAGAUGGCGAACUGUUUCCUCGCAGAGCUGCACCGCGCUCCGGACCCUGGACGCCGUGACAGCAGCCACCAGUCCCUGCCUGAAGAGCUGAGGGCCCAGGAGCAGGAGGCCUGCUGACGUCACCACCUGGAGAAACGGGGAGCCUGCAGGCGUGGGGGAGCCGCAUGGGGGCCGUCGGGACUGCGUCUCACAGAGCCUGCCCGUGGGCUGUGCACCAUGCACUCAACACACGCUGUUCAUCUGGUCCUCUGGUCCCCAAGGCCAGCGCCUCGCCCACCUGCCAGGAGCCUGCCCUCCCUGGGUCCAGGGAAGCUGCAGAAUCUGAUUUUCCCAUCGGAGGUUCUGCUCUUGCCUGCGCCGACCCGGGCACGCCGUUUGGUGCCUGUCGAACAGCAAGUGCGCUCCACUCGCGUUUUCCUGUUGCAGCUGCGUGAGCGGAAGCAGCUGGGUGGCAUGCCGUCCGGACUGCUCCUCGCCGGUGCUCAGCGUGCCGCCCGGCCGCCGCGUCGCCGCGUCCCUUCUGUCCCUUCACGGGCUGCACCCGGCCUCACCGCCCGUGGGACGCUCCUGCUUCACUUGAAUGUGGCUCGGACAGGAGUCUUCCACACUGAUCCUUACCAGUGCCUCGGCCUAGAUCCCGUUCAGACCGUGUUGAAACCAUUACUGAAGACCCGCCCCGCCCACGGGGAGAAGCGACUGCCUAACAGGUUCCAGGAGCGGGGAUGAGCCAGUCUGCCCUCAGAUGCCGGCUCCUGUGCCGCCUGCCCAGCCAGCCUGGCUUGCCUUCCUCCCCGCCGGCCCCGGAGAAACCGCCACGUGCAGCAACGCCGAGCGUGGGGGCACCGCCGCGGGAGCCCUGCCCUUCACAGCAAUGGAAGUCCGCAGGGGGCCACCGUCUGCCUUCUCUCCAGGACCAUGGAACACAGGGCUUUCUCGGGAGUCCUGUAUCCCUGGCCAUGGCUACCGCCCCAGAAACAGUGAAGCACUGGUCUCCACCCCCUCCCAGCCCUGCAGUCCCCGCCCCACCCCCACCCCCACCAGGAAGCCUUCAACAGGCAGAAGGGAGUUCCCACGGCCUCCCGCCAGGCCUGUGUGGCUGGCUCUGGGCCAGGGUCGGGCUCGCUCACUCACACUGUCAGGAGACAGAACAAGUCCGUUCUCUUCCGGAACAGCGGAAGCACAAAUGGGCUCCAGUCCACGGGUGGUCACGCCCACCUGCUCCUGGGGGCCACAGCACAGAUGUGGCCUGUGUGACGGUGCCAGGGGCCCGCAGGCCACAUGAGGAGACCUCAGCAGAGGGUCUGUGCGGCGGUCGGAGACUUGUUGCAGGAAAACGCGGAGGGAGGAUGGCAGGCCUGAGGCGGCCAGGCUGGAGGCAGAAGCAGGACCCAGGUGAGCUGAGCUCUACCCUGGGCAGUGGCACUGCGAGCCCUUGUCAUGGUGGCAGGGAUGGUGGGCCUGGAUGCCACCCCGAGGAGCACACCCAGGAGCCCACGUCCCUCCCUGUGCCCUUGAGAUCGUCCCCUGUUCUUCAGGGCCGCAGCUGCAGGCCACCCCAGGGCGGUGGAGCAGCCCCGUUCCCGCCCUGCUACUCCUGGGCUGGGAAGGAGCUGGCCUGCCCUGUGCACCUUGGGUCCCCGUUACAGCCCCAGGCCCCUCUGCACGUGGUGCUGCUUGCUCCACACAGCUCGGCUGCUUCCCCAUCCAGGAGUCACUUGCUGUCUCUGGGGACACAGGACAGAGGGUCCAGGAGGCCUCAGGGGGAGCUGAUGGGUUGGGAUGGGGGGGCAGCAGCUGAGAGGCCCCUCUUCCCCGGCCCCUCCCCCCUUCCCUGGGAGCCAGCCCUGAACUGACUUCCCACUGCCAGUUGCCUUGACAACCGUGCGCUUUCCCACGUGGUGUCUGAUUCUGUGGAUCAGAGGAGGGGGACGCUGGCAGCUGAAACAAAGCUGCAUGCUGGGGGCCGGUGCGGGCCAGCCCCAACUGGCUGCUGCCCUUUCCCACACGUGACCUCCUUGCCAGUAGCUGGGCUGGACCAAGGUGAACGCGGGUGUUCUCACAGGGCUGGCACACGGCCUGCAGUGUGGCCACCAGCCUCAGGAUUGCAGGGGCUGCUGCCUGGGCAGUCCAGCAGAGCUGUGCGGUUCAGCUGGCCAAGCUUGACUCCUGCCCACCAGCCACCUCCCCUAGGAAGCCACCUCUGGUGCCAGGCAAACCCACCCCCACCCAGCCCUGCCGCUGGCCUCCCCCAGGCCCCUGGCCCACAUUUCCCAUCCAAGGCUCCGGUGCCUGGGCGCUGGGAAGUGGCCGAGGACCAGCCUCCCUGCCACCGGGGCUGGGAUGGCUGCGAUGGCUGGGAGCCCCAUCGCCCAGCCUCUUCCCCUCAAAACAGCCCUGGCAGCCCUGCCGCUCCUGCCCAGGAGGCCAGCACACCCUCUGCAUCCUGAAACAAUGGCCCAGCUUCUCGGAGCUUCAUCCCCGCAUCAGACAAGGAGCCACGUGGCCUCUGUGGUUUCUGUGAGACCUCGCAGCUGCAUCGUGGACGCACGUGGCACUCCCAGGACGGCGGCCUCCGGGUGCGGUGUCAGGAGCCCUGACGGUUCUGGGUUCCUCCAGGCAGAGCCCGUCCGUCCACGUUCUGUCCCGGGGGGAGUCCUGGGCAGGCACUCACUGGGCUGCCCACAGGAACCUCCUUCCACAACCUCGUGGAACUUGGGUGACUGGCUCCAGGCUCUCGCCUCUGACUCAGUAACGCCAGCGGGGACGCGAGCCGAUUUGCCAGCAAAGUGAAGCACACACUCCGCAGGGGGACGGGCACGCCCGGAGGUGCAGGCGCAGGGCUGUCUGGGCGGGGCCCAAGAACCACCCCUUUCCUUGUCUUGGAAAAGGGCAAUGCAGCGGGGCCAGGUGCAUGCCGGGGAAUGAAGGUGUCAGUGCAGGAACUUGAUGACGAUCUUAUAUUAGCUAAAGAGGAUGUAGCCAGUGCCAGUGCUGUGUUUAAAUUUUUAUUUAAAUAUAUUUAUUUGAAAGGUAGAGUUAGACUCUUCCAGCUGCUCAUUCACUCCUCAAGUGGCCACAAUGGCUGGGGAAAGUUGAGCUGUGAUUUUUAAACAUUUGCAAACACCUGUAAUCCCACAGCCCAGAAUAACCACGCGGCCACCUUGCACUAGGACUCCCAACGCGGGGCAGGCGUCUGGCCAUCGAGGCACUCGCGUCCCACGCCCGGCCACCGAGACUCGGCUGCCGCGCCUGAUGCCGGCUCCCUGCUAAGAUGGACCCUGGAGGGCACCGGCGACGGCUCAGGUGACUACUCCCGCCAUUCAGGGUGGGAGACCUGGACCGAGCGCCUGGCUCUUCAGCCUCUCAAAUGCUAGAAGCUCCCCACCGUCUGCCCAAGCUCCAGUGCACACCUGGCAAGUCGGAGGCCGCGCUGGGUGUGGGGGCCUCACCACGCCCCGCCACGCGUCUCCAGGCUCACGCAUCAGCGGCGGCUCCAACCUUCUCUGCGCCGUUCCAGAGAACCUUGGGAGCUCACGCUCAACAGAAUUCCGACGCUGCUGAGGCCGCGCUGACAGCGUGGCCCGGGUGGUUACCGUGCGUCCGGCCGGGGCUCGGGGCUGCCGGGCGGCUGGGAGCGCCUGAGCCUGGCACCCUGGCAUGUGCGUGGUCAGCCGCAGGCACAGGUGCCCGUGGUGGGUGGUGGGUGGGCCAGCCUGGAGGGACCAGUGGUGUCCUAAAUCUGACCAUGACGACGCUGCACCACCGUGUCCGUCCUGGAAACCGCCGAGCUGUACCCUCUGGGGCCAGCACGUGACACGGGCGACAGCCACCACCACAGGGAUACACACGUGUCACCAUUUAUCACGGCAUACAAUUUAUUUUACUUUUUAUUUUUUUGACAGGUAGAGUUAUAGACAGAAAGGUCUUCUUUCCGUUGGUUCACCCCCCAAAUGGCCACUACAGCUGGCGCUGCGCCGAUCCGAAGCCAGGAGCCAGGUGCCUCCUCCUGGUCUCCCAUGCGGGUGCAGGGCCCAAGCACUUGGGCCAUCCUCCACUGCCCUCCCGGGCCACAGCAGAGGAAGAGGAGCAAGCUAGACUAGAACCCGGCGCCCAUAUGGGAUGCUGGCGCCGCAGGUGGAGGACUAACCAAGUGAGCCACGGCGCCGGCCCCAACGGCGUACAAUUUAAACAUCAUCUACCCGGCAUCAGCGAGGUCUCUGCGAAGCUGCCAGGAGCCCAGUUCACACCAGGGCUUCCCCACCCGGCCCCCCCCCCCGCACCCAGUGAGUGCAUCUCCCAGAACACAAGGACCCUGCCACUCAGCCACCUGCCAGCCCAGCACAGGCGCCACGGCCGUCUGAGAAGCCACCGACUCAUUCACCGGUCACCUGAAGGACGCAGACAGCCUCCACCGGCCAGCUCACUCCACGAAUGCCCACGACAGCCGGGGCUGGCCAGGCCGAGGCCAGGAGCACACGUGGCUGUGGGCCCCACGCACUCGAGCCCUGCUGCCUCCCAGGACGUGAUGAGUGGGAAGCAGGAACCCGAAGUAGGCCCAGGACACAACCCAGGCACUGCCCUGUGGGGUGCGGGGCCCUCACCACGCACCAGACGCCUGGUGGAGGGGCACUGGCAGGACACUGGCGCCCUGUGUCCCCACCAAGCCCGCCCUGCCCCCGUGGCGUGGGAGUCCAGGAAGGCAGUGUUGCUGGUCUGAGGCGGGGCACCGCCUGCAGCUGCUGGCUCUGGCUUCGGGGAGGCGUGACCUCCGAGGCCGUGUGACCGCCGGCCCUGGGGCAGGGCUUCCCAGAGCGCAACGUGGACUGCACAGGAGACACGAGACCUUUCGGCAAAGGUCGCACGAACCCAGGCCGACACUAGGGAGCCACCCAGUGGGGGCAGCCUCCGCCCUCUCCUGGCCUCGUCGCCCACGGCUCAUACAGGACGCUGGACGCCGUCAGGAACACCUUGCCCCCACGGAUGGAUGGGAGCGCCUUCUCCCUUUCCGGAGCCCAAUCCUGGAUCCGGCCGCCCCUGGCCUGCCCCCCUCCCCCGACACCGGCCACCACAGCAGGAGGCCGCUCGCGUGCUCUGCAGCCCGGUUCAGCCGUGAGUAAGCCUCGCCGCGGUUAGGCCUGUGUCAGAGGAGCAUCUGGUGCAACCCAGCGCGGGGUGCUCAGACCAGUCCUGGCGACCCGGCUCUGGUGUCCACUGCCGACCCCUGUGUGUCGCCUCCUCGCCGGCAAGAAGAGGCCAGGAAUGCCCACCGCCAGGGGUCGCCGAGGACAAGGCCAGGGGCUGGUGGCCGCUCAAGGGACAAACGGACAGCUUGGCAGGCACCGGCUCCUGGGACAGCCAAGCAGACGAGGCGCGCGACGAGGCCGCUGAUGCCACCCGCCAGCCCUGGAGCUGUCCCGGGCACAUCCCGGCCCUGCUGGCACCGCCCCACCUCGUCUCCCUUUCAGCUGCAGGCACGCAGGGCCAGGCAGGGACGUGGGCAGCGGACCUGCAGCCCCGGCAGGUGCUCCUCACCUGGGCCGGCGGGGUCGGAAGUGCGUGUUUCCGCAGCCCCACUGGAGGCCGCUGCGUUCAGCCCCGUUCCGCCACUGGUGCAGGAGCGACCGGUGUGGGCCGGGCCGGGGCGUCCGGCCAGGCCUGGGCCUCGUGCCACACCCGCCCCUCCCACGCGCGGUCACAGCCUUCCUCCCCACGCAAGUGCUCCUCCCCCAGGACUGGGUGUGCGUGGGCCUGCACGGCACCGGGCCCUGGGCCACCUGCCUCGGUUGUCCUGGGCUAGACCACACACUGUGUGCAUAAGCGGGGGCUGUCAGGCGACAGCGGCUGUCCUGGGAGGCAGCCGCCCGUGGCCCGCGCCGCCACAGCUAUGUCCCCAGGACCUACAGCGCUGACGGUCAUGGAUGACAUCGCCUCUUGGCACUCACCGCUGGGACAGGAGCAGGCGGCGAAGGCAGCUACCGCCUCCCUGGGGCCCCAUGGCGCCUGCAGGCGCUGGGCCCUAGUGGGGGAUGGGAACCGCGGCCCAGGGCCAAGGCAGGCAGAGACCUUCUCAACUCUUUAUUAAGUCAGGAGGCGGGGCAGCACCGCUGGGUCCUGUGCCCCGGGGCGCAGCCUGUGCUUUGGGCUCUUUUGCCAGCAAUGGAAAACCCAAGGCAAAGGCCUCAACUCAAAAGGUGCCCACAGGGCUGGAGCGGGGGUAGGGACACUGCAGGCUCACUCAGUAGCUAGUGUGCCAGGGGCCACACACGCAGCAGGUCUGGGCCCCUCCCAGGAACCCCUUCUACUGUGCUGGCUUGGGGUGAGGACCAGGCCUCGGGUGCUGGCCCAGGGGCGCCGUCUGCAGGAGCUGGGGGGCCUCGCCCAGGCCCAGCAUCGGGCAGUUCAGGGGCCCCUGUGACGGAGUCGGCACGCAGGGCCAGCAGCGUCCUCGCUGGGGGCUCCCAGUCCUGAGAGCAGGUCCCACCUGAGGGCAGGCCCAUGGCGGUGAGGGGUCCUCGCUGUGAGGCAGGCCCGGCUGGGCAGGGCCUCAGUGGGCCAGGUGGGCACAGGCUGGGGCGGGGGGGGGGGGGCGAAGGGGCAGGAACUCUCCCACAGGACCUUGAGGCCCUGCAGGUCUACUACCGGAGCUUCUGGUGGUCGCCGCGGGCACCUGUGUCCUGGCCCCAGCACGGCCACCGGUGCACCCAGGAGUCUCCCUGGAGGCAGCGCGCCCUCGGGCAGGCGGGCGGGCGGCACACGGUGCUCUAGAGCGGCGGCUGCUCCCAGGACGGGCAGAGCCGGUGUCGGCCCCGGCACAGGCGGCUGUGGAGGAGACAGGAGGGAGGAGUCAGCAGCCAGGCCGCCCACAGGGCUGUUCCCAGCUGCUCAGGAGGCGGCAGGCUCCGCCCCGCGCAGCCUCGGCGGCCCGGACAGUCACCCGUUCCUGCACCCCGGGCCCGGUGGGCGCUGGCUACCGGCCCAUCGGUGGCCUCCAAGGGCAAGCACAGGCCGGACUGCCGACGUCAGGUAGGGAAACGCCAAGGGAUUCAGACAGGAAGUGGCCUUUAACCUGAGCAGUUGGCCUAGGGGAACCGCACGUGCAGAGGCACUGAGGCGGGACCUGAGAAGUGGGCGUGCGGGACAGAAACAGGAAGGGCGAGGCCCGGCUGGUCCUGCCGUCGGACGAGGGCCAUGAGGAACGGCUGUAAGGACGGUCCCACGGCUCUGGUCCAGGCGGCACUCUCAGUGCAGAGGCCUGGGAGAGAGGAUGGCGGGCCUGGGAGCCGCAGCUGAGAAGCAAGGACAGGAGCCGACUCGCUGCGUGGGCACUCCUAGCGCUGGCAGCUCUGCGAGACUCCGCCCAGCCCCGAGGAGGGCUGCCUUGGCCAGAGAGAGCUCCCAGACAGUCAAGUUCAGACACAGCCAGCAGAAGGGGCCAGGUGCCCACAUGCGCACCCCAUGUACCCCAUGUGCAGGCCACGGAGGGCCCCACGCACCCCGCCGCCCGCGGUGGAGGGGCCUCCCAGGCAGGACAGGACGUGCUGGGGGAUUCCCUCACCUGGACGCCGCCCCGUGCUCGGUCAGGACCGAGGCAGCCUGGGCACGGUGGGGGAGGGCCAAGAGGAAGGCAAGGCCAUCCACUGCCUGCCCUUAGCAGGGUCCCCGAGGGCCUGGCGCCACACCCAGCACCUGCUGCUGCGCGGUGCGGACAGAGGCCCAACCUCGGCGCCACCGCAGAGGGACAGCCCCAGGCCGACCAGCUGCUCCCCCCACUGCCACCACUGCCGGGCCGACUCAGAACACACACAGCAGCCGCAGGGGAUCUGGCCUGGGGAGCAGGAGCCCAGGAGGCGAGGACUGAAGGCCAGGGCAGGGCCAGAGACGGCCACGCUGCCCUGUGUGACCGCGUUGUCACGCAGGCAGCCUGUGUGCGUGAGAGGGGCCGAGGACAACACGGCCCCGAGAACGCGCCUGGCGCCCGGCGCCCAGGGGCUGCCCCGCCUGCUGCCCCCGGGGAGUGAGUCCCUCCCAAGGCUCUACCUGCUUCACACCAGCAACCUCUGUCCAGGGAGUGGGGUCUGGCGGGAAGCACCGGCCCCCUCCCUCGUGAGCCCCAGCCUCCCGGAGCCGCCCGCCUGGCCUGGCAGUGCGCGCUCUGAUUCCGCCUGGGGAGAAGCCCAUCCCUUCUGACUGAUGCCCCGUCCACUGAACCUCACUGUGCUGCUGAGCCCGUCUCCGCCUGAGCUCUGUCCGCACAGAGACCAGAGCCCCGCGAGGAGAGACCACGGGGCUCGGCUGAGUGUUCGCAGCCACUGCAUCCUUGGCCCAGGCCGGCUCCCGCCGGGGCCCCGGGACCUGGGCCGGCCAGCGCCUGUCCCUGAGCACGGGAGCGUGGGGCAGGUGUGCCCAGGGCAGCGUGUCUCCCGCACAAAACCCCUCUCGCACCCACCAGUCAUUCGCACUGCUGGGCCAGCUCUGGCCACUCCCAGAAGGCCCCAGGCGGGUCAUGGGCAAUCUCCUUCCCCAUCUGCAUACACGAACCUCCCGGGACCAAGGGAGGCCCACUUGCUGCAAAAGCCCUCGCUGCACCUCAGCGGCAGACAGGUAGGGACACAAGUGACACGGCUACCCCAGGCGGACAGGAUGGCGGUCCCGGGCCCUCAGUCCACACAGCAGCACCACAGGGGGCUCCGGGUGUGAGCAGGGGCCCAGGCACUCGCACUCUGGCCCGGGUGUGCAGCAGGGGCCGGGCCUCACCCCAGCUUCACGAGCAGCCACGCCCACAGGGCCGGAGCCUCCAGCCCCACUGCUGGUCCCCAGCUGCCCCCACCCAUCCUUCCCAGAAAGAAACCAAGCCGCGGACGCCGCAGCCUUCGCUGAGCUCUGCAGGGUCUGCCAGCCAUCCCCAAGGCCGGGGCGCAGCCGGGGGCACCCACCCGGCCUCCCGCGCUCACCUGUGGGCCGUGCGCACGCCUCAGGCAGGCAGGUGCUUCCAGGUGCUGACAAAGGCCGUGGGUAUGAGCGAGUAGGGCACGGUGGUGACGCAGCUCCACGUGUCCGACGUGGGGUCGUAGCAGUCCAGGGUCUUACACCGCUGCGUCCCAAAGUAGCCCCCCACCACGUACAGCUUGUUGCCCGAGGCCAGGGCGUGGCAGGACAUGCGCUUGGCGGUCAUGUCCCCGACACGCGUCCACUGGUUGCUCUCGCAGUCGAAGCGGUAGGCAGAGGCGGCCGUGAACUCCGUGUCACCGCCCAUGAUGAAGAUCUGACUGCCCAGGACGGCGGCGGCCGUGUAGCGCCACGGCUGGGGGCACUCGGCCUUGAUGCUCCAGCGGUUCUCCGCGGGGUCGUAGCACUGGACCUUGGACACCAUGUCGCGGUAGAUGCUGGUGCCCCCGAACACGAAGAGCCUGAGCCUGGCGCUCACCACGGCGGCGUUGCUGACGCCGUCCCGCAGCGGGGCCACCAUCACCCACUUGUUGGCGCUGGGGUCAUAUCUCUCCACCUGCUUCAGGGACACGGAGGGCGAGGCAGGGAAGACCCCCGCCAGGGCCGUGUGGCCGCCCACCACGUACAGGCAGUGCUCCAGCUCGGCCGAGCCGUGGCCGAAGCGUGCGAUCAGCAUGGGCGCCGCCUUGGACCACUCCUCGUGCACAGUGUCGUACACCCACACGUCCUUGGAGACCCCGUUCUCGGAGCCCCGGCCCCCCGUCACGUAGACCUUGCAGCCGAUGGCCGAGGCACUGAACUCCUUGCGGGGGCUGGGCAGGUUGGCCUUGGGGAUGAUCUCCUUGGCCUUGUGGUCCACCUGGUAGAUCUUGUCGCACAUGAAGGUCUGCCCGCCCAGGAUGAGCAGCGUGUGGCCAGCCUUGCGUGGCCGGGCGCACGGGCUGGUGACCACGCCAUCGUUCUGCAGGAUCCUGGUCUUGCAGCGCAGGGCCUCGUCCACCAGGAGCCGGGUGCGCUCAUCCGCCAUGAGCAGGGCCUCGGCCGCCGCCGCCUCCCGCAGGCAGUCGGAGGGCAGCAGGGCCAGCCGCACGGCGUGCAGCAGCUCGGGCAGGUGCGCCCGGCGCCGCUCCAGGUCGUGCUUCACCCACUGCAGCACGGCCUCGAGCACGGCCCGCUCGUCCUGGGCCUCCAGCUCGUCGCUGGAGAUGAGGCCGAGCAGCGCGUCCUUGGACAGCCCGUGGAAGUCGUCACCCCGGCACACGGUCUCGAAGUGCAGCAGGCACAUGCGCCAGGAGAACUCGUGCAGCCGGCGGCACUGGUGCGCGUCGGCCAGCAGCAGCGUGCCCAGGCAGUUGGAGGGCAGCAGGUUCUUCUCCAGGAACUCGGCCGCGGCGUCGCGCACGUCGGGGAACUGCAGCAUGUCGCCCGCCUCCAGCAGCGACUCGGCGUUCUCCUCGUUGAUGACGAUGCGCGACGAGUAGGCGAAGUCCAGCAGCAGCGCCAGCACCUCGGGGUGCAGGUUGUCCUGGAAGUCCACCGUGUCGUCCCGGCUCUCCCGCAGCCCGUGGCUGAACAUGGCCUCAAAGUAGCGGCUGGAGGCGGCCAGCACGGCGCGGUGGCAGGGGAAGGCGCGGCCGCCGGCCCAGAGCGUGACGUCCGUGAGCACGCGGUGCUGGCGCAGCGUGUUGAGGUGGGCCAGCACGCAGUCGGGGUGCGAGGCCUUGUGGAAGAGCGUGAUGUUCAUGGAGCCUGUGCUGCCCCGCGACUUCCGGGUCUCAUGGACGCUGACCGACAUGGUGCCGACCUGCGGGGACGAGGCACGGUGAGCGGCCCUGGCAGCCCGGCCCCCACAGACCCGGCUGGGCGGGCGUCAGGGACCCUCCCCCACCCCAGCCUAGGGACAGCCUCAGAGGCGGAGCCAGGGCACCCCUGCAGGCCACCCAGUUCUACGGCCGGCCCCAGGAGACUGGCCUCCUGCAGCACCUGCUGUGGGAACUUGAGACUGCAUCCGCGAGCAGCCCCGCCUGGGGCCCGUCCUGAGCUGGGCUCCACCUGGUACCGGCCACACGCGGCCUGCAUAGCCAUACUCGCAAUCCUAGGCCCUGGGCCUGGACGUGUGAGGACGUGGAGAAGGCAGGCUGACCGAGACAGGCCGGUGGUGCCCCAGUGUGGCACCCUUGCUCACUGCCCCCCUCCCAGGGACUCUGCAUCUGGGGCCUUGUAGGCCCCCACCCCCAGGCCCUGCCUGAACCUGGGCAACUUAAGCACCUUGCCUUGACUCCACCUGGACUGAACGUGGAUGGGAGGACACUCCCAUGGACAGCACGACCAAGACCCCGGCCGAGGGCUGUGGAAACGAGGCUCAGCCAAAAGGCAGCAAAGCCCACGGGCUGGCGAGAGCCCACCCCCGAGCCACCGUCCGACACCCGGCCCGCGCCCUUUCCGCACAGGCGGCCAUGGCAGCGGCAAACGGGCGCCAAGGUCUUUGCGCUUCACCUCCAGGUCUGGGCCGUGGGCCGAGGCCCUGCCUCUCCCUUCUGAGGAGCCAGCAGUCAGCUGCCAGGGCACAGGCCUUGCUCUGGGCUCAGGUGGGGCAGGCACAGGGCCCUGCUGUGAGAACCCUGGGCCACGAGGCCCUUGCUGCUCCGACUCUCAUCUAGACGUGGAAUCCUGUCCUGCCCAGGCCUCCGUGCCCCCCGAGUGUUUCCGUCCCAGAGCCAGGCUGCCCUCACCCGGGCCCCGGAGCCUGAGCCCUGAGGGACGACGUGGGGGCUGAGUCCCAGCCCCUGCAGCAGCUCCCGGCGGCCGCCCCUCCGUACCUGGACACUCUCCUGCCUCUCCCUCCGGCCCCAGGGCCCAGGACGGUCUGAGUCUCUCCAGACCAUGUAGGGGACCGGGGCAGGGCUGGGAAAGCGAGAAGCAGGAGGCCCCCCAAGCCUGGCUCCCACGUGCCCCAGGCCCCUGAUGAACCAGGCUCAUGCUGCCCUGAGUGCCCCACCCCUCCACAGUGGCCACAACCACCACACCUGCUCCAGGGCUGUGGACGGCAGGGGAGCCACAGGCCUGGCCAGGGCAGUGCCUGCUUUGUCCAGAGCCACACGUGUACGGCAUGCUCCAAGCCUGUCCAGUGAGCUGCUCAGCUUGCCUGGCCUGGCGACCCCCAGGCAGCUGCCCCGGGCCUGGCCAGCCCUCCGGAGGGACAAAGCCUGGCAGAGCAGCCCCCCGGCCCUGAGGGGCACAGGCAAAGGGGGUCUGGCUGAGUGCACGCUGCGGAGCCGCCAGACGAGGCCAGCGCAGCACCCGCUGCCCAGCUCCCCCGCCGCCUCCUGCACGAUGCUGCCCCCAAGCAGUGGGUCGGUCCCCAGCCGACUCGCGGCACCACCGACGAGGCACGGCCACCCUCACCAUGCCAGUCCCUGCUCGGCUUUUUGAGUGGGCAGAGCACAGAGGCGCACGCCCAUGUGGCCACAGCACCACGGUCAUGGCAUCUGCUGGAUGGACCCAUCCCUCCCCCGCCAGGGACACAGCCCGCGUCCUCACUAUGCAGAACAUCCAGCCUGUGCAGGGCCGGCUAGGGACAGCAGCGAGUGCUCCACCGUGGGCGGCGGUGGCCACUGGAUCCAGCAGCCGCCCCUCCCGGGGCCCUGACACCCCACCCUCUCCACGCACCCAGCUGAGACGAGGAAGGGCGGGUCUAUAGGAGAUGUGUUCUGGAGCCAGCAGCGGCGACACAGGCUCCUCGCCCAGAUGGCUGACCCAAGGCUGCCACCUGCUGCCGGGGGUGACACCUCCAGGGGACUUGCGAGCUUUCCUGGGGCUGGGCCACUGGCCACCACUCCCAAAGGAAUACAUGGAGGCCAUAAAAGGGGCCCUCAGGCGCUGCCCUCGGGAAGCCUGAAGUGUAGCUGGGGCGUGACUCCCUCCCACCUCCUCCGCCAGCCGGGUCGAGUCUCAAUGGUGGCAGCUCUGUGUGGCUCCCAGGUGCCAGCAACUGGCUCAGGGCCGCCGCCAACCCGGCCCUCGUGGCCCUGGGUAUGAGCACCGGCCCCCACUCCCCAGCACCCUGGGGCUGGAUUUCCGCCUGGAGGCGCCCGGACCUCCGUGUGCGAGAACUACCUGCACAGGGUUGUGCACGGCCACAGCGCCACAGCCAGCACCCCACCGCAGCAGCCGCUUUCCUGACAAGCAGCCAAGGCCCAGGGACUCCCCCAGGGCAGGCCCGACAGCGGACUUGAGCCCCUCACUCCUCUGCUACCCCAGCAGGGCAAGGAGACAUCUCCCUGUCCUGGUGCCGCCCGCCCGGGAGCCCUGCCUGCUGGGUCCAGAGAGGCUGCAGGAGGCGGUGCCGGGGAGGGGCUUCCAGCAGAGCCCUCCCAGAUCUCACCAGGGGCCCUGCAGGGAUAGGAGUGACAGCCAGCAGGAAACCCUGGUCCCACCACAGCGGGAGCAGCCAUGGCAAGCUGCCGGUCACAGCUCCCCUUCCCCAGGCACCAAGGGCAGAGGGGCUGGUUUGUAAGCCUCAGCCUUGGGCACCUGUCGGGCUCUGGUGCUAGGACUCUGCCCUCUGACCAGCUUCUACAUGGCAGGCUCGGCGAGCCCCCAAGAGGACAAAGUUGUGAGGGACAUGGACACAGGGAGCGAUCCCACACCCCAGCUGCCAAUGCGUCCGGCCAGGGCAGCCCCGCCCUUGCUGGGUGGACAGGCCAUGCUGGGGCGCAGCCUCCCGCCCCCCGCCAGCGCCUCACCACCUCUUCCUCAGACGGGCCGGCCUGCAGGGUCCCCCACCAUGGUGACUGACCGGCCACACCCGCAGCCCACGGCACGCGCAGGCACCCUGCCCUGCCUGGCAUCCUGCCUCCCUGGGGAGGGCCACCUCCUCGAGCAAGCGAGCCGGGCAGUGGCACUUGGGCACUCUGUCCUGUUGUGGCGGUGAGCUCAGGCUACGCCCCAACACGGGCACUCCCACAGGGCGGCGAGGCUGCACUGCCCCAGGACAAGAACCCCCCUCUGUAUAAGACACGGGGAUGGGCACAACCCAGAGCAGGGGUCUGGAGAGGUCUGGGGUGGGCAGUGCUUCCCUCCACCUCACCCACUUCAGCGUCUCCCACAAAUACACGACGCUGAGCAGCUGCCGGGAGUGGACGCGGCGGCUCGGCAGCUUUGGGAUUCUUCCCGCAACAUCGUUGUUCCCGCCCUGUCCCCUGGAGGAAAGUGCCUGAGAUUCUGGGGCCCCCAGGUGGGCGCCUGCACAGGGGCCUUCCUGCAGCCAAGGGGGGCUGCCUGUGCCCCCCCGCCGCCCCAGCUCCUGCCCCAGGUGGGCCAACGAGGGCACCUGUGCCCCAGCGGCAGAGUGGACAGGCUCUCAGCAGGGCACGGCCAGCAGCUGAAAGGACCCCGGAGCAAGCACGACCUCCUGUGGAGGCUGCGCCCUCGCCAGCAGGACCGGCCUGGACCCGGCCCCGGGCAGCCUGCAUCCUCACAGGGACCCAGGGCCGCCGGCCUGGCCUGGAUGCCACUGCCCGAGGCACCAGGGCAACUUGAAAACCAACAAGCAGGACGAGGGCUCUCGAGCAGCUCACAGAAAAUGUGAAUUGCGCAAAAACUAUGUAUGAGUUUCAAAAUAAUUCCAUGCCAGGGCUGGUGCUGUGGUGCAGCAGGUUAAACAGCCCCGGCAACGCUGGCAUCUGGUGUCAGAGCACCAGUGCUAUUCCUGGACACCGCGACACAUCCAAUCCAGCCACCUGCUAACACGCCGGGAAGGCAGCAGGAAGCGCGGUGGACCUGGGCGGAGCUCCGGCUCCCGGCUUCAGCCUGGCCCAGCCCUGGCCAUUGAGGCCACUCAGGAAGCAAACCAGCAGGCAGAAGAUCUCGGGCUCUCUACCUUUCACACAGACGGGUAACAAAUAUUUUUAAAAGUUACUUCGUGUCAACUCCAUUUUCCCCACAGACUCUUGCGAGGGCCUGCGCCCAGCACAGGGGAAGCAGGCACGUGACCAGGCAGUCGCUGCAGGGGGCGUCUCCCUCGCACUGCCCCUCCCCGGGCUGCCCACGCAGGGGCCGAGCAGGACGAGAAUGCUCCUGGUUCCUAAGCCGCAGCCACAGCACUGCCUCUGCACGUCAGGAGAGGAGGGCGCGGGGUGCAGCUGGCAGCACCGGCAGGUGCCCUGGGCCUCUGGUGCCUGCGCAAGGGGGGGUCCCCAAGGCAGCGCAGCUGCAGGGGCAGAUAAACCGAGGCAGAGCCACGGAGCCAGGCGCCACACAGCCAGAACAGGAGCAGCCGGCUGGGCGCGUGAAAGUGCAACGGGCCACGCACAGGACAGCGGCUUUCACACGGGAACGGCGAGACCGCCUACCGACGUCGGCACCACACAGGCCACCCGCCUGCACCUUAUACGCAUCACACAGCACCCUGCCGUGUGCACCACCCAGGUGCCACACACAGGUACCUGCCUUGUGCACCAUGACACACCAUGCACACGCAACCCACUGCGUGCACCAGCCACCGUGUACGCCGUCCCUGCACCCUGCCACACUGCACACGCCUGCGGCAGGCAGGGCUGGUGACAGGCACUUGGCACUCUCGGCUCGCCCUCUGACCCCCGCUCUUGCGGCAGGUCCAGGGUCCACCUUUCGAACUCCAGCUGCCAGAGCUCCCUGGCCAGGGCUGUGAGCUGCACGACCUCACGUCGUCCCCCGCCUCUCCUGGCACAGCGGCAGACCUGCUCAUGGCCUGCUCCCGAGGGCUGCCGAGAGACGGGACCAGAGCGGGGCGCGGUCUGCGGAGGACCCCUCCCCACGGCCUGCGUCCAGGGCUCCUCCUCACAGGGGUCCCCAGGGCCUUUCUCACGCGGUUUUGCCUCUUGAUCUUUGCCAAUUUCUUUUUAAAGAUUUACUUCUUUAUUUGAAAGGCAGUUACAGAGAUGGAUCUUCUAUCCACUGGUUCACUCCCCAAAUGGCUGCAACGGCCGGGGCUGGCACAGGCUGAAGCCAGGAGCGUCCCUGGUCUCCCAGGUGAGUGGCGGGGGCCACCUUCCCCUACUUUCCCAGGACUUGAACGGUGCCCACGGGGGACGCUGGUGCUGCAGGCGGCAGCCUAACCGCUGCGCCAGGGCCUGCGGUAUUUACCAGAGAGGAAGCGUAACCACCACGGGUACACUCAGGAGCUGUGCAAACCAGAGCUGGUUCCACAGGCCAAGUCGCCAACCGAUUUUAGUUGGGAUAGUGGCUGCAUUCUCACAUAUGGAACUUCAAAGUCUGUGAAAAUGAAAAGAUAUUUAUUUCAGAAAAUUCUGAAAUCCAUGCACACGUAGGAUCUUCAAAAAGUUUCUGAAAAAUGCACAUUACGAAAAACUGCACGUGGAUUUCAAGUUUUUGCACAAACACACGUCUCUUUUCCUUUUUCAUUUUGAAGGAAGAGGGACAAAAAAGAGCUGCCAUCUGCUGCUUCGCCCCCAACGUCAGGGCUGGGCCAGGCCGCGGGCACGAACCCAGGACUCUGCGUCUCCCGUGUGGGGGCAGGGGCCCACGCACUGGAGCCUCCCGCAGCAGGGAGCUGGGCUGGAGUGGAGGAGCCAGCACUCCGACCCCCAGCUCUGGUCCGGGCGCAGUGCCGGGUGCCAAAGGCUUGCCACACCUCUGGGGGCAGCUGUGCACCUGCCUGGUCAGCAAACAGGAAGGGGUCAGGCCCUCCCAGGCCCCCUCGCCCUGUCUGAAUCCAUCCAUCACUCGGGCAGCCACGGUUCACCGAGUCAUUCACACGGGAGAGAAGCCGGAAAAGGGCAACAGCGCCUUAGUGUUACCAUGGAGACAGGGCCCACCCCGCGGCGGUGCCUGGGGUGCCGGCUACGUCACGGAGGCAGCGAAGGCGGCCCCAGCACUUGAGUUCCUGCACCCGUGUGGCAAACGGGUGAAGCUCCUGGCUCCUGGCUUCAGUCUGGCCCGGCCCUGGUCAUUAUGGCCAUUUGGGGAGUGAACCAAGGGAUGGAAGACCUCUCCCUGUCUCUCUCUCUGCCUUUCAAGACAAAAAAAAAAAUAAAAUAAAAUAAAAAAAGGCAUGCGGGA